GAGAGGCGGUCGGUCGGUCGCUCGGGCCUCUCCUCCUCCUCCUUCCCCGGAAAGCUCCGCCCCGGUGGGCCUGCCUCCUCCUUCCUCCCUUCCGGCCGGGGAGCCGGGCGAACGAAAGGCGGGCAGGUAGGUUUCCCCCUAGAGAGUGCUGCCGAUCAGCCAUCAAUGAGAAGAGGUCCAAGAUGGAUGAGGAGGAACCCAGAGGCAGCCGGGGGUCUCCAGGGUCACCCCCAGCAGCCUGCUCACGGUCACGGGCUCCUCGGAAGAGGAAGCGAGAGGUGAGUGGGAACGCAGAAUCUGCCGGCCAGAUCCCAAAGGAGAAGAGGAGGAAGAAAUCCCAUAGAGCGCCCAGGACGGCUGCCCCACAUUACUUUGUGCAUGAGACAGACAAUGACAUGCUGCUGAUCAUCUCCAACGUGGGUGAAGCACCUGAGCGACCCCUCCGAAAGACGCUAAAGAAGAAGAAGCGGAAGCCAAUACAGCGACAGUGGAAGAGUCCAAAGAAGCGACCAACGAAGCAAGGGAAAAGCACCAAAGGAAAGACUUUGGCCAGCCAGCGAGGGACUGCAGGAGUCCUAGGGGAAGGCAGCAAGUCGCUUCCCAUUGCCCCCCAGUCAGGCACUGAGAGCUCCUGGGGGGAGCAUCUCCCAGUGGAGAUCCUAGUGCAGAUCUUCCAGGUCGUAGUGGCUUUGGAUGGAGCGGUGCCCUUCCUUUGCAGGGUCUCCCGCGUGUGCCGGCUCUGGUGCGGAGCAGCGUCCAGCCCUGUCCUGUGGCAGAAGGUGUCCGUUGGCCAUUGCUGGGUAGCCCCAGGCAAAAAACUCCCUCCUGCUGCAGAGAAGAAAGUCCUCAUCACCAUGGAGUGGUUGGUUGCCAACAGGUUUUCCCACCUUCGGGAAUUUUCCCUUUGUCAUUGGAAAAGUCAGGUGCCUUUUGUCCUGAAGGCAAUUGGCCACUCUUGCCCUCUCCUGGCCUCCCUCAAGCUGUCCCAUUGCAGUGGGGUGACCACAGAGUCUCUCUGUACAUUGGCUGAAAGCUGCCAGCAACUGGAAAGUCUCAACCUGCAGAAUUCCCAGAUGGAUGCUUCAGCGGUACUCAGCUUUCUGGAAGCGGCUGGGUCUCGGAUCCGGCACCUGUGGCUGACAUACAGCAGCCGAAUGAGUGCCAUUAUUGGCGUGCUUUUGAAUGGCAGCUGCCCAGAGCUGCAGCUUCUAGAGGUGAACACGGAGAUAAAGCAAAGCACCCAACACUUCCAGCUCCCCAUUGAACAGCUUCAAGCAGCCUGCCCAAAACUUCAGGUGCUGAGAUUGCUGAAUGUCAUCUGCUACCCGAAAUCCAUCCCCUCCUCAGCUCCACAGUCCCCCGGAUUCCCGCAGCUGGAGGAGCUCUGCCUGGCCACCACCUCCUUCUCCUUCGUUGACAACAACAUGCUGCGCCGGAUCCUGUGCGCCUCCACCAAACUCCGUGUGCUGGACCUGCGUGGCUGCUUCCGUGUCACACCCAAGGGGCUGGAGCUGCUGCCAUGCCCAGACCUAGAGCAGCUUUACCUGGGCCUGUACUGCAGCGCCAUCCACCUCCACCUGCCCCUUGAAGGCUGCCCUCUCAUCACCUGGAAGUGGAGCCAUAGCCUGCGGGAGCUGGACCUCACCGGACAGAGCUUCAAUGAGCAUGAUCUGGAGGAGGGCAUGGCUGCUUUCUGUCAGAAGGAGGGCACAAGAGGGGAGCCGGCCCUGCGUUCCCUCAGCCUCACGGGGACCAAGAUCACCCACAGAACCAUCAGGGUUUCUUCUUCCAGGCAGAGAGCCCUGCAGACGUUCCCUAUAGGGCCCAGCAAGAUGCCCGUGUCUCCCUUCAAAGGCUCCCUGGCCCUCUGGCAUUUCAACUUCUUCCACUCGGAGAAGAAACUGACUGAGAAGCUCCAGGAGAACAAAUACUUCCCGUUCCAGCUGCAGCAGCCCAAGGUGUUUGUCAUGGAGUACUACAAGGACCUGAUCUGGAAAGGAGCCUUGAUCUUUGUGGUCUCUCUGGUGGCCAGUGUCUUCUACUUCAGAGCAGAGAAGGGCUCCCAGGACUUCUCGGUCCUCUUUGUCUAUGCCAUGCUGACUGGACUCUGGCUGGUCAUCAGCAACAUGAACAAGCGGCGGCUGAUCAUCAACCAUGCCAAGAACUACUACCAGUUCUACAUCAAGGGCAUCCUGUGGCACGAAGGGCCCUUGCACCAGAUCUACGUCCGGAACGUAGCCCAGCGGGAUGCCUAUGGCAAGCUGUUCUACAGCCUGAUCAUCAACGGAUACCAUUUGGAGGUGCUCACCUUGGCACACCUGUCAAACCAAUACGAGGUCCUAGAUGCCCUUGGGCGCCGCAUCGCCCGCAACCUGAACCUGAACUACUUCGACUACGAGGACAUCUCCACCCGCCACGUCAUCCGCCACCUGCCCCCCCACCGCCGUCACCAAGGAUGAAGAUGAGGAUGCAGAGACCGAAACCAGUGUGUGAAGGUCUUCCAAAGUCGGCUGAGAAAGUCUUGGCGCUUCUCUCCAAAACACCUCUUUCUGUAAAGAAAAAUAUAUAUUUUUAUUAUUGCUAUUCUUACAAUAAAUUUGUUCUUUGGGA